GUCAAGUGUGACAUCCGUCAUAAAAAUGGCUGCGCUUAGAGUAUUUAGUCGUAAUAUACCUUAUUUACGACAACAAUUUUCAGCAUUACUAGGAAACACAUCGCCUUCAGUCAAAUUUAUUUGUGUUGUAGUUGUAAUAGGUUAUAUUUUAUCGUUUUCUGAAGAUGUUGUGGACGUUCUUAGUGUUACACCAGGAUAUCUGUUACCUCCUUCUUUUCAAUUAUGGUCUACUUUCACAUUCUGGUUUCUCGAAAUACAUUUGUGGGAGGUGAUCAUUGAUAUCGUAACAGUCGGUUUAUGUGGAAAAUUAAUAGAGCCCCUAUGGGGCCAAAUGGAGAUGAUGAAGUUCUUUUUUCUAACGAACAUUGGGGUUGCAUUUUUGACAACAUUUUAUUAUUUAGUUAUAUAUUCUUGGACUCAAGAUACAUCAUUACUAUUUGAUAUACAUGUGCAUGGCCUUGCGGGCUAUCUGGCGGCUGUGAGUGUGGCUGUGAAACAGAUAAUGCCGGAUCACCUUUUAAUAAAAACACCAUUGGGAAAACUUACAAAUAGAUCCUUACCACUGCUAAUUCUAAUAGCAGCCAUAUUACUCUGGGCUGUUGGCGCUUUAGAAGGUACAUAUCCUUGUAUGUGGGGCAGUGGGACUCUACUAUCAUGGAUUUAUCUUAGAUUUUUACAACGUCACAGCAGUGGUACAAGAGGAGAUAUGGCUGAAAAUUUUAGUUUUGAUAAUUUCUUUCCAACAGUUCUACAACCCAUAGUGCGAGGUAUACUUCGUCCAGGUCAUCGUUGCUGUGUUCGUAUAGGACUGUGCUCACCAAGCCCACGACGAGUGCAUCUUGCACUGAGUAAUCGUGGUGUCACCAUGACAAUGCCAGGUGUUGAACAGCAGGAUAUGGAGCGGCGACGCCAAAUUGCACUUAAAGCGUUAAGUGAGAGAUUAUCCAAGACAUCAGAACAGACUCGACAAAAAAACUUAUCGACAAAAGUUAACAUGGAGGCAGUAAGAAAAAUGCAGUCCUCUCAUGUGAUUCCACAGUUCCCAACUGAAACAGAGACUAGCCAGCCAGCAGCACCAGCCGAGGUGACUCUAAUUGACAUAAGUACGGACCCUUCACCCCCCACAACGAAAACAUCAUGAUUAUAGUCAUUUGUACUGUUAAGACUGUUCACAAUUCAGUGUAGGAACCUAAGAUGUGUGAUCUUUACAAUACAUGUAUAUUUUAAGAUUACAUUACAAAUUGUAAUAUCUAAGUAUGGAAACUUUUCAUUGAUUUUCUUAUGAUUGAUUUUGUUGUUUGCAUGGUAGAUAGAUUAAAUUUGUUAAUCAAUUCUAUAAAUUCCUGUUCAAAUUACAGCGAAGAACAAUGUUAUUAACUUUCAAUUUUAUAAAAUCCAAUGUGAUUGAUUGAUGCUUAAUUCAAUAUUGACAUGAUGAGUGAUUUGACGUUUAAUUAAACAAAAAUACUGUGUUUCAAUAAUAUUUACAAUUUUAUACACCUAAUUGAACCACUUAUUCAUGAAUAUUACAUGAUUGUAAUAAAGUUAAGAUAUUUGAAAGUGAUAAAAGUAAAUUAAUUAGAUUUUAUGUGCAAUUAUUAGAAUACUGCCUUGUAAAAUAUUGAAUCACAAAGGCUGAUAAUAAUAUAUAUAACCUAUUUUAUUUAUGCAUUUAAAUUUUGUCUUAUCUUUGGCAUUCCUAUACUGAUAAUGUGGAUGCAUAUAAAGUAUUUUCCAUUACUUUUCAUUAAAUCAUUUCAAUAGGCUAUUUAGAGUAUAUAGUAUGUACAUCCAUGUUUUUAUACUUUUAACAGUUGUUGUAUGGUGCAAAGGGAAAUAAUUUUCAAUGUUAUGAAUUUGUUACUAUGCCCACAUUGGCAUAGAGUGAUCAGAAGUGUAAAUAAUAAUUAUUAAAUACUUUUUAGUGUUAAUAAAUAAUUACCCCCAUCAUAA